AUGUUGCCUCUUGUGGGGAUUGUGCUUUUCGUUCACAUUGCCAUCUACCUUGUGAACACCGUCGGUGCGACUACGAUUGACAACCUAUUAUGGCUUCUCUACCUGAGACUCCCGACCCCAACAUCUAGGAAGUUCCGCGAGCAGAACCGUCUGAAGCGCGAAGUUGUCCAACUGAAACGGGACAUGAACAACACCAGCUCGCAAGACGAAUUUGCGAAAUGGGCCAAGCUACGAAGACGACACGACAAAACGAUGGAGGAAUAUGAAGCCAUGA